AAACUUGAACUUGUUUCUUUCCAUAAAUUUCUUCGAUUCAAUUCGUUAUCCAUUUGACAAACUUCACUCGAUUUCUUCAUCUUAAAUCGUUUAAUAAAUAAAUAUCUAAUUAUUACAGACCUAGAUCUAUUUAUAACUAUAGAUAUAGAUAGAUAUGUAUAUACAUGUACCUCUUUCAAUUUCAUAGUUAAAGAAACCCUAACUAUUUCAAUUUCAUUGCAUAAUCUGUUAAUCUGUUCGUUUUUGUUUCGAUUCAGUUUGUGCUUGUUAGUUUCUCAGAUUCCUUGCUUUGUAAAUACUUGAAUCGGAUCAAAUCCUUCGUUAUUUUUUUUGCUGAAGGAUUCGAAUUCGUUCGUGUUUGUGAUUGAUCGGUUUGAAGUGUUGAUAGCACCGAUCGGAUGCUUUGUUUGUUUAAAUUAAGUGAUGUUUGAUGUUUGUGGUGACUGGUGAGUGUUGAAAACAGGUUUUGUGGUUAUGAUUAGUGUAGAAAGGGGAAGAAUUAGGGUUUUUGGUGGUGAAUUGGAUAGGUUUUGUGUUGUUUUGAGGUGUGGUGAUGAGGAAGAUUGAUCAGAAGCAGAGGUAUGGUGGUGGUGGUGGUGGUAAUGGAUUUAUACCGAGUUCGUUUCGGUCGCUUUCGAGUUAUUUGAGGAUUGUGCAGUCUGGUGCGUCCACUGUUGCGUCUACGGUUCGGUCUGCGGCUUCGUCUGCGUCGACGAUUGUGGAGCGUGAUACCGAUGCUGUUCCUGAUCAGGUGCUAUGGGCUGGAUUUGACAACCUAGAAUGUGAGGGGGGUAUCUCACGCCGUUUGCUAUUGCUCGGGUAUCAGUACGGUUUUCAAGUGUGGGAUGUUGAAGAUGCGAACAAUGUGCGUAACAUAGUCUCUAGAUAUGAUGGUGCUGUUUCCUUUAUGCAAAUACUGCCAAAACCAACCGUAAACCAUUCCCAUGUUGAAUAUCCAAACGAACGCCCUCUGCUGGUAAUCUGUGCAGACGGGUCGUUUUCUGCAUGUGUAAAUGCUCAGAGCGGGCCCUCCGUUUAUAGCAAUGGUAAUAUAAAAAACAAUCAUGAUCAGAUAAACGGUGGAUAUGUGCCUACUGUUGUAUGGUUCUAUUCAUUAAAAUCUCAAUCUUACAUAAAGGAAUUGAAGUUCAGAUCGGUUGUCUACUCUGUAAGAUGCAGUUCCCGCAUUGUUGCUGUUUUACAAGCAGCACAGGUACACUGUUUCGAUAUUGCAACAUUAGAAAGAGAAUACACAAUUCUCACAAAUCCUAUAGUAACAACCUCUUCACGGUUCGAAAAUAUAGGCUUGGGACCGCUUGCCGUGGGUCCCAGAUGGAUUGCGUACAGCGGUAGUAUUGUGGCAUUACCGAACACACGUGUUAGCCCACAGCAUCUUACUCACUCCAAAACUUUUACUUCCGCUGGUUCAAACGGGAGCAUUGUUGCACACUAUGCAAAACAAUCAAGCAAACAACUUGCUGUAGGAAUUGCUACUCUUGGGGAUAUUGGUUACAAGAAGCUUUCGAGGUAUUACUCUGAGUUUUUACCGGAUGACAACGUUUCUCAGCCGUUAAGUGACCCUGUACGGAAAGAUCGUGGAAACCCUAAUGGCCGGUUACCGGAUACGGAUAAUGUUGGAAUGGUUAUUGUUAGAGAUGUUGUGAGUAAAUCAGUAAUUGCUCAGUUUAAGGCACACGAUAGUCCAAUCGCAUCACUAUGUUUUGAUCCCAGUGGUACAUUAUUAGUGACCGCUUCUGUUCAUGGUCAUAACUUUAAUGUUUUUCGUAUAAUACCGGGACCCACCAACGGUGCAUCUUACAUACAUCUUUAUAAGCUUCAACGUGGUUUUACAAAUGCGGUUAUACAGGACAUAAGUUUUAGUGUGGACAGCCGUUGGAUUACCAUAAGUUCAUCAAGAGGCACCAGCCAUCUAUUUAAUAUACGAUCUACCGAAGAAUAUUUAACUACUUGCGGUCAGGGAUACGCUUACAAUGCCGCUAAUAAGCCGCCAGUUACACUCUCUGCUGUCAGCAGAAUAAGAAGCGGAAAUAGUGGGUGGAGAAAUGUGGUGACCGGGGCGGCAGCAGUGGCAGCAUCCAGUAAGCUAAAUUCGUAUUCAGGGGUUAUCGCAUCUACUUUCCAUAAAUGCAAGAGUAACAUUACGGCUGCAGUUUCGGGCCCCACAACGUCAAAGUACCACAUGCUUGUUUUUUCAUCUUCUGGUUGUGUGAUACAGUAUGCAUUGAGAUUAUCAUCGGAAGUGGAUACUACCUAUGAAUCGUUGUUGUCGUCUGAUAUUGAUUCGAAAUUAAUCGUUGAGCCAAUUCAGAAGUGGAAUAUCUGUAGUAAACAGAACAGAAGGGAUCGAGGAGAAGAAAACGUUGAUAUAUAUGGCGAAAAUGGGCAUACGGAUAACCGAAAAGUAUUCCCUGAAAGAACUGAAAAUGGAAAUAUUGAUUAUUUUGAUCGGAUGGGUAAAAUCAAGAAAGAAAAUGUCGGUCUUGAGGGAAAAAGUAAUACCCAUGUGUAUAUUUCUGAAGUUGAAUUGCAUACGCACCAAUUAGAGACCCCACUAUGGGCAAGAGCGCAGAUAAAUUUUCAAUCUUUAACUAUAGGUGAUAUUAAUGUGGAUGGGGUAAGCAAUUCAAUGGGUGAAUUUGAGAUAGAGAAGAUUCCAACCCACACGGUUGAAGCAAGGUCUAGACAUUUGGUUCCUGCUGUUGGCUAUCUUCCGGAAUCCAAGGUGCAAACGACCAGAGUUUCUGAUAUUGAUUACAGCAAUAACGGAUUGUAUGAACACGAGAAGCUUUUUAAACACGAGAGCAGCUCUGAUCCAAUAACAGAUGGUGCAUGUGAGAAUGGCAAUGAAGAAACUGGGGAGGAUGCUGCUGAUCAAAUGCCGAUAGAUGGUUCCAAUGGCUUUGUAAAUAGUGAUGACUGUCCAAUAUCUCACACUCGACCUGAGACUGUAGAUAAUAGAGAGAGUGGGACCCAGUCUGAGCUUGUAAAUAAUUACAUAGAUCAGAAACUCGAGAACCAAUUUGAAGAUCAAGGCAAUGAGUUCGAUUAAAGGCAGGCAAUGAUAUAUGAUGUUAAAGAAUAAUGAGAGCAGCCGUAUGCAGUUGAGAGCUCUUAUCUGUGAGGUGUGGGGAUUGUGUUUUAAGGUUUGUUGUUUUGACUACGGACUUUUGUAAAUAACACCCAAAUAAUUUGUUGUAAAACGAUGUGGAUAGUCAUGUGCAACUUCUUAAUCUGCCCCUUCUUCAUGUUUAUAUGUUUUUGGUCUUUGAAAGAUUAUGUUGUGGACUCCAAAUUCGAAUGAAACUGAUCUUUCGAAUUUCGAUUUGAA